AACCUCUCGUCGUCCACCUCCUCUUCCCCUACCACGACUAACACCAACACCAACUUGACAAGCUCUGCCUCUACUGCUUCUACUGCACAGCCCGAUGCAGAGGCGCCCCUAUCCAUCUUUGGAAUCACUCGCCGCCACUGCAGAGAAGAGCUCUAUGUCAGUCCAAUCCGAUGGACCGGCCGCCAUGCCGAGCUUCUGCAUUUCUCCUUUAACGGGCCAUAUCCCGAACCAGCGCCUCCCGUUUGUGCAGGCAUCACAGAGGCAGAAUACUCCGAGGAGCGUUCUGGCACUCGGCAUCUGAAAGACUUUUUCGACUUUUACUAUAAGCCCGUCAUGCGUGAGCAGGGCAUUUGGUUGCUCAUCACGACUGAUGCGUGCCCCCUAGUCAUCUAUGAACAACCUCUCACACUCUCACUGGGCACAUCCGUUGUCAAGAAUCUCCACUGCAUGGCAUUCUACCUCAAGGAGUCAAUCAUAGGACGCAAAGUGCACAAGCUUCCCGUUGCCGCUCUUGUUGACCAAGGCCGCAUCACUGAGCUGCGAAAAGAGUAUCUGGGUCUAUCUCGAUGCAAGAAAUGGAGCUACUGGAACCGCCCCAUGUGCUGUCUCUACCAGAAGAAGUGGAAGAAGAUUACGCCACCAAAUCCGUUGCACGACCCAUUCAUUACAGCUCUCCUCAUUGGGCUGGCACAGAAGAAGCGAAAAUACUUGCAAGAGAUUGGGUCUCCCGAAGAAGCCAGAACGGGGAAACUCUAUGUAUUUGUUCAUACAUAUAAUUCAAGGGGCCCGUGCAAAGAAAAGCGUGAAGAAGCAUACUGUGGCUGGCUGUACCUAUACCAGGCCGAUAUCCCAUCUACGCUUCUUGACAUGUUUGAACAGCCCAAGGUUGCACCACCAGAGACGCCAUAUAUUGACAUCCGCAUCACCAAAGUCACCUACUACCCGCUGGCUACCCUCCGAGCCCGGCUACUGGAGCUGAUACUGCCAGGAACCGCAGCGGCAACG